AUCCUCCUCCCCCCAACAGAGAAGGCGGAAGAGCGAAGCAGCAGCCCCAGCCCUGCCUGGCUCCUCUCCGGGUUUAUAUGCACCUGGGCGGAUUACUGCUGGCCCUGGAGAAGAAAGAGAAGGGGGAGCAGCGUGACCACAGCUCCCCUUCCCCGGCCAUGUGCUCGGUAAGCGAGGCGAGCAGCACGGAGCCCUUGGCGGCCCGCUUCAGGCAGGUGGAGGAGACGCUGGAGAAGCUGCACCGGGAGAACCGGAGCCUGAAGAACAAAGUCCCUCGCUACAACGCGCUCUGCACCUUGUACCACGAGUCCGCGCAGCAGCUGAAGCACCUCCAGCUGCAGCUGGCCGCCAAGGAGGCCACCAUCCGGGAGCUGCGGGCCACCAUCCGGGAGCAGCAGCAGGCGGCGGCGGGCGCCGAGGCGGGGGCGGCGGGCGCAGAGCCGGCCCCCUCGCUGGUGGAGAGCCUGCUGGAGCAGCUGGGGCAGGCCAGGGAGCAGCUGAGGGACAGCCAGCGACUGUCGGCGACGAAAAUGGAAGCGCUGAGCCAGGAAGUACAGAGGUUGAAUCAGCAACUAGAGGAGAAAAAUGGAGAGAUACAGCAAAUGAUAAAUCAGCCUCCAUAUGAAAAGGAGAGAGAAAUCUUACGACUUCAGAAGAGCUUGGCAGAGAGAGAGAAGGCUCAGGCCACCAGCGAUGUUUUGUGCCGUUCACUCACUGACGAAACUCACCAACUUCAACGCAAAUUGGCAUCCACAGCAGAAAUGUGUCAACAUCUGGCAAAAUGUCUAGAAGAGAAGCAAAGAAAAGAGAAGGGGAAUUCAGAUGACCAGAUACCUACCGAAAGAUCUAAUCAGCUUUUAGACAAUGAAACUUCACUUCAAGCUCUUAUCUGCAACCUACAAGAUGAAAACAGGAUGUUAAAACAAAAAGUGGCUCACGUGGAAGACUUAAAUGCAAAAUGGCAGAAAUACGAUGCGAGUAGGGAUGAGUAUGUGAAGCGACUCCACUUGCAGCUAAAAGAGAUGAAGUCACAACUGGAGCAGCAGCAGCACGGUGUAACACCCGCACAAACGAAUUCUGACCUGAUGCACAAGGAGAUAUUCCGGUUAAACAAGCUACUGGAAGAAAAAAUGAAUGAAUGCAUAAAAACAAAGAGAGAAUUAGAAGAUGUGAAGAAGGCUAGCGAAGGAGAUAACGAGCGCAUACAAAUGCUGGAGCAACAGGUCCUAGUUUAUAAAGAUGAUUUCACAUCUGAGAGAUCAGACAGAGAACGAGCACAGAGUAAAAUACAAGAGCUUCAGGCAGAAGUUGCAUGUCUUCAACACCAGCUAGCAAGAAGACAGGACUCAAGAGACACAAGCAGUCAUUUCAGAGUUCACAUUGGUAACCAAAAUCAUAUGUACGUACAGACGAACGUUGAACAUCUACGAGGCAAUAGCCCAGGCCAAACAGGCACGAGAAGAACACCUUCACAGUCUGAACAAGCUUCUCCUCCUGUGGACAAUGGAAACUCAGGAUCUGAGGGCAGGGCACAGGGUGAACUUAGAUGCCCUCAUUGUAUGAGGUUUUUCAGUGAUGAACUCAGUGAUGAAUUCCUCAAGCACGUUGCUGAAUGUUGUCAGUGACCACGUGAUGUGAGGCUUGUAAGUUGAUCACUACUUUAAAGACAGUGAAACUUUGCUCUAUGCAUAUCUCCUACAGUCCUAAACCAGAGACAUUCGAAUGGACAGCUCUUAGGAAUUAGGAGGAUGAACAAUAUCUACCUCUUAUUUGAUUUCACCUUCUCUUGGACUGUAUGAAAUACUUCAAGAUAAAGCAAAGUGCUUUUAUGAAGAAUUAUUUUUGACACCUACAAGGAAGGCAAGCAUAAUGCAAAUUCUACUACAGACUAAACUGGAACCUACAGUGGUAGUUAGCUUCAGAGUGCAGCUUGACUCGUAUUCAAGUCUAAUUCUUGACAGCAGUCUGGAGGCUUGUGAAAAAAAUUACUGAACUUGAAAUUUUCCUCCUCUUCCAAAAAUGCAGGCUGAAGAACGGGGGAGGAGCAUUUUGGCAGAAGAUAGGAAAAACCUUGCUGUGCUUUAUCUGGAUUAAAAGCAAAGUAUUUUCUUGUCUAUUGAGGCUGAACUUUCAGACAUCUCAUCUGAAAAUCCUCGUGUCAACUGAAAUCAGGAGAAGUGAAAAAAACAUGAAAGGGCUGGUUAUUGACUAAAACUAGCCUGUCUUUUUGCACAGAAACAAUGUACAGGGAUAUUUAUUUUUUCUGUGCCGUAAGUAACUAUUUUACACGUUUGUAAAUGUGUAUUUGUGUAAUUAUUGAUUGUAUUCCUAUUUUACCUAGGGAUUAUUUUUAUAAUAAAAGUGAUUGUGCAGUUGCUUUACUACAUUAGUAAAGUGGUCAAAAAUCUCUCUUUCAGUCUAAGUAUUUAAAUGUGAAAUAGUCCCAGUAACUAUACUAAGGGAUAACUAAACGUCAUGUUUCAGAUAUGAGUUAUUUCAUUACUUCAGUGAUAACCAGUGUCCCAGACUAUUUUCAAAUACAUUGAAAAAAAAAUCACUCCUCACUUAUGAGAGGAAGAAUGACCUUUCAGAUGCACAAGAACACAUUUAAUGCCCUACCUUGCCACGCAUCUGUGACGACACCAGUGCUAGCAUAAAUUUCUUCUUAUCCUAUCUACACUGGAGAUAACUUCAGCAAAUGUCAGGGGACUGUUUUCUGAAGAAGUAUCAGAAGUUAAGGUGUACAAAUGUAACAGGGCUGCAGGUUUUUUCAGUCUUGGCUCCAGGUGUUUCUCACCAUGUCAGAGCUGGAGUUAAGGACAGGAUACAAAGUAAAGUCCUAAUACAACCACAACCUUUCAAUAAUUAAAGAAAACUUACUUUGUAUAACAACACUUGUCUUCUGCUUUGCUUCCUUCCCAGUGCUAUACUUUAGGAGGAUAUUUUCCUUGAUAUUUCCUUUUCAUGAUCCUGUUACAGCCCCAAAGGAAGAUGAUGGUUUAUUCCAAUGUUGCCUUGGGUAGGAUUUUACCAAAAAAAAAAAUGCAUGGACCAUUGCAUGCAGUGUGCAGGUGUAAUGGUUCUUAUUAAUCUAAUCUUAAACCGAUUGCAAACCUAUGAUUGAUUACUAGCUUGUUUUUCCCAAUACAACAUGCACAAACAUGCAGAGAUUUUUAUUAUUUUUUUUUCCUUUUUUUUAGCAACCAUUUUAUACAUUGCCUUUUAAGGUCUUGAAGAUCAGAUGCAGCCCACAGAAUAUAGGCUGAGAAACAUGAU